AUGAGACAAGCUGGUGCAUAUUCAGGGUUACUGUGUGGAGGGGUAUCAGGAAGGACAGGACCCCACUCUCUGCCCUUGGCAAGGAUCAAGAAGAUCAUGAAGAAGUCAGGGGAUGAUGUUAAAAUGAUAUCAGGGGAGGCUCCAAUUAUCUUCUCCAAGGCUUGUGAGCUCUUCAUUGAGGAACUUACUAGAAGGUCCUGGAUCAUGGCCAUCCAAGGCAAAAGGAGGACUCUGCACAAAGAGGACUUGACCUCUGCAGUUAUAGCCACUGAUCUAUUUGACUUUUUGAUCACUUUGGUUUCCAAUUCUGACAGCCAUUCACUUGGUAGCACCACCACUACCAUGGAGGUAGAAACUAUAUAUUAGUCUUCAGCAAC